UGGUGCUCUAUAUGGGCCUGAGAAGACACAAGAAGAAGGACACUCUGAUGUCGUCUAAAGAGGACGUCCGGGACAAUGUGAUCCACUAUGAUGAUGAGGGGGGCGGGGAAGAGGACACCCAGGCCUUCGACAUAGGUACGUUACGCAAUCCCAAAGGCAUCAAAGAGACGGGGCCGCUGCAGAAAAUAAGAUCAGAGGACAAGGCCGAUCAGGCUAGCGCGGCCGAGGACAGCGAGGACAUCCGAGCUUACAUCCAUCAUUGUCUUUUGGAGAGCUCCACACCUCCAUAUGACUCCCUGGUCACAUAUGCAUAUGAGGGAGACGGUUCGGUGGCCGAAUCCCUCAGUUCUAUUGAAUCUUGGGUGCUCGAGCCCAAGGAGGAUUAUAGAAAUGUGUGUGACUGGGGUCCUCGCUUCAAAACACUGGCUGGGAUAUUUAAAGAGCAUGAGGGUAAUGAAAAGGAGAAGGUGGAAAAUGAAGCACACGCUGAAGCACUACAGGACAGGCUGGACUGAGAGUAUUUUGAGAAGCUCUGUGAAAUACACAAAGUUUAUUUAUUUAAGACGUGGCACUUGAAGGGAUUGUUCACUUCAAACUGAAAAUGUCUUGCUUGCUCUCAUGUCAUUCCAUACUUGUAUGCAGAGGUAUAAGCCAAUGGGUAAUAUCUUGCUGU